AUGGCGACCAAGAUGACCACCAGAGACACACCAUCCGGGAUAAAUACUGAUGCCACUAUCGGUAUCAAGGGUAUACAGACAUGUCACUCUGGGUAUCCUGUAUAUACAUACUGGCUCUUCUUGCCAUACAUACAGACAUCUAGGGAAAACCUGGCUAUACAUAUAGACAACAAUAGGAUACACAAGGUACGUGUAAUUGGUGUGUCGAAAAUCAAAUAUGCCACUGUUCAUUGUUUAAUGAGUUAUGCAAGCCAGUUUGAAUCAAUACAUAAUGAAGCUACAGUUGUUCUAAUUCAAGACCAUAAGAAUUUAACGUAUAACGUUGCUUUCAUUCUAUGUGAAUUGUAUCGGUUAGAUGUCCCAGAGGCAGUAUCUAUCUUAAAAGGCAGUUCUUCGGAGAAAGCAAGUAAUAUCUUACCAGUAAGGAGGAAACAAACAAAUCAUCAUGAUCGCAUGUUUUCUUUGUGCCUAUCUCCCCUUCAUUCGCGUUUUAAUGACAAAUUGAAGUUAGUGGAAUGGAUUGAGUUGAACAUGAUUCUUGGGGUAGAUAAAAUAAUUGUAUAUGUGCAAAACUGCUCUAACGACGUAAUGCAAACACUAAAAAUAUACGAGUCAAAAGGCGCUGUAGAUAUUAUGAACUGGUCUUUACCCAAAGACAUAACAAAUAAAAGAAAGAAAAAUCUACAUUAUUAUGGACAACUAGCCGCGAUUAAUGAUUGCCUUUACCGAAACAGGGGACUAAGUUUGUAUACAGCAGCUUUUGAUAUAGACGAAUAUAUUAUUCCUCAAUUGGAUGAAGAUGUCACUUGGUUAGAUAUGUUGUCUAGAUUACCAAAGGCAAAUGCUUAUAUUUUUAGAAAUUCCUUUUUUCUGAGAAAUGAAACGGGAAAGUUUAUUUCUCAAAUGCCAAUUACUACUUCGAACUUCAGAAGAGAAAAUUUCAUAUACUGGCCUCGUAGACGAUCCAAAUUUAUUGCCAGAACAGACGCAAUAUACACGACCGAUAUACAUUUUAUUAGAGAAAUGAAUGGCAAUCAGCACGCUGUUGAUCCUAAUAUCGGCCUGUUACAUCAUUACAGGGUACGUAUUCCUAAUCACAAUGAAACUGAAGGACAAUCAUCUAACAGGAAAGAUGACAUUCAAAGGAAAUAUGAUGAAGAGUUAACCGUAACAAACGAAGCGACUAAAAAAUACUCACAAAUAUUACAUAAGAGUAUGACAUGGAUUCUAGAUAAAUAAACAAAGUUAGAUUAUUUGUUUUAAAAAUAGUACUUAUAGUUUUAAUUUAAAUUGUUGUUUGAACUUUUGAAUAAUAUUUAGUAUAAACAAUAUUUUUAGGGAGUAAAAGUCUUCCAUAGAAUAAAAAUCUGAAACACGCUAAUUAAAAAAAGUACAUUAAGAAUUAAUGAUGCCGAUUUCUUGAUUCAAGCCAUGCGAAAUCCAACAAGUAAAUUAAAUGUAAAUAUGUUGUUACAACAAAAUGUCUGAUAAUGACGAUCGUUGAAACAAUGGUUUACCGUACAAUACCUUUGAAGGUAUGUUUUGAAAAGAAACGGGAUAUUUGCUUGUAUAUAUUAUGUGCGUGUCCAUUGAUUAUAGUGAUAGAAACCGUGAUGUAAUAAAUAAUUUUUGAAACCAUUAUCUUAAUUACUUGUAUAUGUAUAGGUUGGCAUAAACCUUAUAAUGAGCGCUCAUUGCU